AUGGCUGAAGGCAAAAAUGCAGUGAUCACUGGGUCAACAAGUGGCAUUGGUCUUGAUAUUGCUCGUACGUUAGCAAAAAAUGGAGCUAAUAUCGUUAUUAAUGGCUUUGGUGAAAAGCAAGUCAUCGACAAAAUUGUCGAAGAGCUGCAAGGUUAUGGUGUUCAGGCCGCCCAUCACCCUGCGAAUAUGUUGCGAUCGAAUGAAAUUAAAGAGAUGAUCCAGUUUACUAUUGAAACAUUUGGAUCGGUCGAUAUCUUGAUUAAUAAUGCUGGAAUUCAGCAUGUUUCACCUAUUGAAGAUUUCCCCGAUCAAACAUGGGAAAAUAUCAUCGCUAUCAAUCUAUCGGCUGCUUUCUACACCAUGAAAGAAGCUAUGCCAUCGAUGAAGAAAAGUAACUGGGGGCGAAUAAUAAAUAUUGCUUCAGUUCAUGGCUUGGUAGCCUCUGUCGGUAAAACUGGCUAUUGUGCAGCCAAGCAUGGACUUGUUGGUUUAACCAAAGUCGUUGCGCUAGAAACAGCUGAAGCAGAAAUAACUUGUAAUGCUAUUUGCCCUGGCUUUGUUUUGACACCAUUAAUUGAACAACAAAUUGAAAAUAUAGCCAAAAAGGAAAAUAUAUCUAUUACUGAAUCUCAACAUCGACUUUUAGCUGACAAACAGCCUGCUAAGCAAUUUGUUAAAACAAAAGAUCUUGGUGAAUUAGUCUUAUUUUUGUGUAGUGAUGCAGGAAGAUUAAUGACUGGUGCUUCUCUAACUAUGGAUGGAGGUUGGACUGCUCAAUAA